AUGGAGGGAUUUGUGAGGGAGGCCGAAGAGGAGAAAGUUAGUGUAAUCCAGACGGGAAGUGAUGAGACUGUGGACAAGGAUGGCGGCAGUGUGGGGGCGUCACAGAACUUCCUGAAGCCAACGACACGGACUAAUGAAUAUGUUAAGUGUUCUCUGGCCCUAAAAGAACCCAGCAAACCAUCCCCAUGGGGGAAGGGACUAACCCACACUAAUCCCAUUUGGGCCCACUGUGGGGCCCCUAUGAACAGCUCAUCAAAAUAUGACCACAUCACCUGCAAAGUUCUAAUACAAUCAGGGACUCCUACUCUGUAUCGGCUGAUACUACAGAAGGAGAAUUAUCAACCUCAGAGAACAAUUAAAGAGAACACUGGAACUCUGACAAGAAUGACUCUUGGUGAAAAAAAUCCAAACAAGAUGAACAAAACCAUCUUACUUGUUGGUGAAACAGGAACAGGAAAAUCUACUCUGGUCAACGCUCUGGUCAACUACGCCAUGGGAGUGGAGUGGGAGGAUGAUGUCUGGUUUCAGAUCGUAGAAGACGAGAAGAGAAGUCAAUCAGAAAGUCAGACAUCAGAUGUGAUCGUGUACCAGAUCUUUGGUUUUGAAGAUAAAACUCUGCCCUACUCUCUGACCAUCAUCGAUACUCCUGGAUACGGAGACACCAGAGGGAUCGAACGUGAUGCCAGCGUCAGUCAAAGAUUAUUAGACUUGUUCCAGUCAGAGGAUGGAGUUCAUGAGAUUAAUGCAGUGGGUCUGGUGAUGAAAGCGAGUGUGAAUCGACUGAGUGACCGACUGAGGUACAUCUUUGAUUCAGUGAUGUCUCUGUUUGGAAAAGACAUAGAGAAGAACAUUGUCGCCCUCAUAACACACUCAGAUGGUCAGAUACCUGAAAAUGUUCUGAAAGCUCUCGAGGCUGCAAACAUUAAGUGUGCAGAAGAUGAAGAGAAUGAGCCUGUUUGUUUUAUGUUCAACAACCGCCAGAGCACACAGAAAACAAAGAAAAAUAAGGUUGCUCUAAAAAGUGCAUGGGACAUUACAAUGGACCAAAUAAGUAAUUUCACUGAUUUCCUGAAAGAAAAUUCCCCUCAAAAGCUGGAGACAACUGUUGAAGAGUCUAAAAUACACACCAGACUGACAGCUUGUAUCCAAAACCAGGAAGAGAGAAUUAGGUUUAUUGAUCUAAAACAGGCAGAAAUCCAGCAGACUAUGGAAGGUCUAAAGAAACAUGAACAAGAGAGAGAGAAAAAUGAGGAGUUCACUGUAGAAGUUGAUGAGGUCUACAAAGAUAAAGAACCUAUUAGGGGUGGUCAGUGGGGGUUAUUUUAUGAAGGGGCUGUCUGCUGCAAAACGUGUGAUGAGAACUGUCACUAUCCUGGAUGCACAGUGGCCUGGAGACCAGAAGACUGUGAGGUCAUGAAAGAUGAUCGCUGCACUUCAUGUACCGGGAAGUGUCCUGUAUCAGAUCAUGUGAAAGAAGAGUGGAAGUAUGUGAACAAGACAAGAAAAGUUAAGAAGACCCUGAACGAUAUGAAGGAGAAGUAUGAAAAGAACAAAGCAGGAAGUCAGAGCAAGUUGAGCCUUUUGGAAACCUUUCAGCAGAAAAUUGAAGAACUUCAGAAAGAAAAAGAUCAGUUGCUGGAAAAGUCCUUCGAGCAUGUUGUCCAACUGGAUCAGAUCACUCUGAAGGUUGAUUCAAUAUCCACUCGUGUUGACUUGGACUACCUGAUUGAGAAUAUGUUGAAAAGAGACGCAGAGAAGUUCAAGAAACUGAAAGAAAUAAAAAGUCGAUUGGAUGAACGAACCAGAGCAGCCUCACGAAAUACCUCUUCCAAAUAUUGGAACAUCAUUUCCACAAGUGAUGUAAUCCAAUCAGGAUUUCCCACUCUCUACCAGCUGACACCAAAGAAAAAAGACAUUAAACCUCCAAGAACAAAGACCAACAAUAUUGGAACUCUGACAAGAAUGACUCUUGGUGAAAAAGAUCCAAACAAGAUGAACAAAACCAUCUUACUUGUUGGUGAAACAGGAGCAGGAAAAUCUACUCUGAUCAACGCUCUGGUCAACUACGCCAUGGGAGUGAAGUGGGAGGAUGAUGUCUGGUUUCAGAUCGUAGAAGACGAGAAGAGAAGUCAAUCAGAAAGUCAGACAUCAGAUGUGAUCGUGUACCAGAUCUUUGGUUUUGAAGAUAAAACUCUGCCCUACUCUCUGACCAUUAUCGAUACUCCUGGAUACGGAAGCACUGAUGGGAUCAAACAUGAUGCCAUCAUCGGUCAAAGAUUAUUUGAUUUGUUCCGCUCAGCCGAUGGAGUUCAUGAGAUUAAUGCAGUGGGUCUGGUGCUGAAAGCGAGUGUGAAUCGACUGACUGACCAUCAGAGGUACAUCUUUGAUUCAGUGAUCUCUCUGUUUGGAAAAGACAUAGAGAAGAACAUUGUCGCUCUCAUCACACACUCAAAUGGUGUGACUCCUGAAAAUGUUCUACAAGCUCUGAAGGAUGCAAACAUUAAGUGUGCCAGAGACAAGAAAAAUCUGCCUGUUUAUUUUAUGAUGGAUAACUGCCAGAGUAAAGAGAAGAAAAUGAGGGAUACGGUUGCUCUACGACAUGCAUGGGAUGUAACAAAGGACCAAAUAGAUCAAUUCACUGAGUUUCUGAAAGAAACUUUACCUCAGAACCUGAUAACAACUGUUGAAGUAUUGGAUACAAACAUCAGACUGACAGCCUGCAUCAACAACCUGCAGGAGAGAAUCAAGUCGAUUGAUCUAAAACAAGAAGAGAUCAAGCAGACUCAGCAGCUUCUGAAGAAACAUGAAGAAGAGAUGAAGAACAAUGAGAACUUCACUAUAGAAGUUGAUGCGGUCUACAGAGAUAAAGAACCUGUCGAUGAGAGGAGAUGGUGGGGGUUGUGGUUAAAUCAUGGAGGAGCUGUCUGCUGUACUGUCUGUGAGGAGAACUGUCACCAUCCAUGCACACUGGCCUGGUAUCCAAAACACUGUGAGGUGAUAAAAGAUGGCCGCUGCACAUCAUGUACCAGGAAGUGUCCUGUAUCAGAUCAUGUGAAAGAAAACUGGAUCUAUGUUGACAAGAAAAGGAAGGUUCUGAAUACGGAAAAAGAUAUGAAAAAGAAGUAUGAAAAGGGUAAAACAGAAGGUGAAAAGAAAACAAGCCUUUUGGAAACUCUUAAGAAGAACACGGAGGAACUUGAGAAAGAAAAAGAUCAGUGGUUGGAAGAGUCCUUUCAGCAUUUGGCCAAUCUGGAGCAGAUCGCCCUGAAUGUUAAUUCAGUGUCCACUUAUGUCCACUUGGACGUCCUGAUUGAGAAGAUGGAUGAGAGAGGAGACACAGAGAAGAAGAAGAAACUGGAAGAGAUGAAAAAUAAAAUGGAUAAAGAUAAAGGAAUAAAAGCAGUGAUGCGCUACAGGUUAGGUCAACUAGCAGCAGCUGUUAAAACAAAGAAGUAAUGAACUAGAUGAAGAGAAUCACUGAGAGCAGACAGCUGUGUAGUCUACAGUGAUGAUCAAAUGUGUUUCAUUACAGUUAUAUUAUGUGUGAUGUUGAUUAAAUAACUACAUGAUAAAAUUAAAAUGUAAUCAUCUUUUAAAUGUCAAAUGUGUAAUUCCUGGAAACAGUGCCCUCUAUGAUGUAAUAACUGUUUCUGUUUAUUCUUGUAGUUUCAUGUUUAAUCACCAAAAGUUACUUCACUGAACAGAUUAGA